GAGAUGGGUUAAGUCUGAGAUCUACCACUAAUUAGCUUCAUGAUCUUGGGCAUAACUUCAUCUUUAUUUCCUUAUUUGCAAAAAGAGGGAGUUGAAUGAAAUGAUGUCAAUAAUGAUGAUGCUGAUAGAUUCUUCACCUCUUCUCCCAGAUCCACAGUGGGAAGAAACCCUCAGGAUGGCCUGCACUGAAGCUAACCUGACGUGUGUUUCAGAACUCCCUGGGGACUGGACCCAGGAAUAUAUACUCUGGUCAAUGGAGCAGAGUCUUCAACAGAUCUUCCGACACCUGGAAAGCACAAGAUCAAGGCUUAUGGAACAGGAUUUGCCUGAACUACAGGAUACAAUUUCUUCCUCUACCUCCUCCGUUCUUGUGGCUCAGAAGACUGUUUUACGCUGUUGUGACUGUAAGAAAUCAAAACAUUCUACUGACCAGAGCAUCUCCUUUAGAUCACCAUGCAGUAACUCCAGUCUGUGUCAUCUUCCUGUCUUUUCUGAAGGAACAACUUGGGAAUGCCAGAGCCAUAGUUUAUCUAUUUCCCACAAAAAGCAGUCAUCUGUGUUCAGGAACCAAGGCACAACCCUGUCUCCUUUUAGGCUAUCAGAGCCCCAGAAAUCAAAACUUUUUCAGAAUUUGACAGAACUUUCACCCUUACAAUCUCAGAGCUCUUUUAUCAACUCUACUUCUGAGCCUCUAAAUAUCUGCAAACAAAACAGGAAAAAUAAAGAUGAGAGAACGAGCAAGAGUCAUUUGACAUCAGAUCACGAGCCAAAUUCUGUUUCUAAGGACAGAUCACAACUUCCAAGGUGGGCUCCAUUCAGGCUCUCUCCUUCAGUUAGAAGGGAGCUAGAAGGACAUAUGUCUGAGAAGGUUUUCACUUUGCAGCAAAAAACAGUACUUUUACCUGUGAGGAUAACAUGGGUGAUGCUCAAUUAUUUAACUGAACUACAAGGAGGAGUUGCUGAAUCAAAUAAACUCCAAACUCAGUUAUCUAUGCCUAUUCAUCAAAACGCUGAGCAAAAUAUUAACAAAAAUUCCCCAGACCUUCCAUCAUUUCAUCUUCAUGUGAAUGCUAAAGUGGGACCUGGAACAAAUAGCACAGAAACAAAACUUUCACAGUCACUUAUCUCAGGUAAGCAGUUACAACCUGGGGAUGGCCCCCAAAUCCUUGAAUCCAAGCCUUUAGUUGCAUCAAUGGGCAGUCUACCUCCAAGAAGUUUAGGAGUUAAUGUAAUUCAAGAGGAAACCGCUUUACUGAAGAAAUAGCCAAAACACAUACUAGAGCUUAGUAUAGAGAAGAGGGUCAUAGGUUUUCCAGAAAAAAAGAUACAGCAGCACAAGACACAAAUGACUAAUGUGGAUUUGACACCAAGUCUGCCAUAUCAAGUCAAAGACAGCAUAAAGGUAACUCCAUUGGCAUUACUUCGGGUCAUGGAUUCAAUGGGGAUGAUCCCAGAAUCACACUCAGAAUCUGUGGGAUUAUUCCCACAGCUGCCAAGUCAAGUUGUGAAACCAAUGGAAACUAUGAAAACAGUGAGCAUAACCCCCAAACCACCAAAUCAAGUCAUUCAGUCAAUGGAGGCAGCCCCAAGGCC